AUGGGUUCUUCUUCAUCAACUGCUCAUGAGAAUGUCUCCCGAGUUGAGUUUGAGGAAUUUAAAAAGUGUUUAUCUGUUGUUGUCAGCCAGCAAGGGAUUCUUAUGAAAUCUGUUGCUGAGAUGAACAAGAAGCUGGACAUUCUUAUUGAGUCAUCCCAAGGUGGUCUCACUCACAAUGGAUCUCAGUCUGAAGAUGCUCUUCGUACUUCAGAAAAUGAGGAUGAUGAAGAUUCCACUUCGGAGGAAGACGAGGAUGAUAAAUUCGACGAUGACAAAGGAGAUGAUCAUCAUGACGAUGAAACUGAUGAUGAUGAUGAUGAUGAUCUGGGUGGAGAUGGUGUUGGUGCUGGUCAGGAUGAGGCUCACACGGGCGAUGUUCGUAACGAUGAGGGUGUUGUUGUCCCCGCGGUUGUUUCGAGGGAUGAUGAUACCGGCAAGGUCGAUGAUGCCAAGAAUUCUGAAACUGUGGAACCUAUUGCAGAGAUCAAACAGGUGUGUUUCUUGUUUGGACAUCAUUUUUGGUUUGUGCUUUUUUUUGUGUGUUUCUGUGUUUUGUGUUUGUUUUAAUAGUGUUUUACUGUUUUUUUUGUUAUCAGCCUGAUCAGUCUCAAGGUGGGGAGGAGAACAUUGAUGUUGAUGCAACAAUUGCAUCUGCUGUUAAAGCUGUGGAGAAUUUGGUUUGUGUUUAUGUUUUUUUUUUAUAUUUGUAUUUAUUUGGUAUUAUAUUGUUGUUUUUAUGGUGUUUUAAUUGUACUGUUUGAAAUUUAAACAUAAGUCUUUUUAUUUAUCCUUUCUCUUUUUUAGAUUGGUUCCUCAACUCAUGCCCCUGCUCCUGUUGACACUUCUGAGAAGACUGAUCUUGAAAUGGUUGUUUUUCAAGAGACUCCUAUUUUACGUCCUCAAAAGAGGGAUCGGAAGAAAGGAGCUGUUUUGAAAUCCCCAUUCAUUGAGCU